AUGCACAUGCACAAGCAAGCACAUGUAGUUCUCCUUUCAAGCCCAGGCCUUGGGCAUCUAAUCCCUACGAUCGAGCUUGGCAAGCGAUUCGUCCUUCAUAAUAAUUUCAAAGUCACCAUCCUUGCCAUCACUUCCAAUACAUCAGAAGCAGAAACCCAUAUUCUAAAAUCAGCCAUGACAUCCGAGCUCAUCGAUGUGAUUGAAAUCCCAUCAGCAAACAUAUCUGGCCUUAUUGACGCUGACGCUGGCUUGCUCACUCUCUUGUCCAUGAUGAUGCGUCAAACAUUGCCUGCUAUCAGAUCUGCGCUUUCUAACAUGACCGUUCGUCCUUCAGUGCUCAUCGUCGACUUAUUCGGUACAGAGGCUUUGUCCAUAGCCCAGGAACUCAACUUGCUCAAAUACGUAUUUUGUGCUUCACACGCUUGGUCUUUAUCGUUGACCAUAUAUUCUCCCACGUUGGACGAACAAGUGGAAGGACAAUACGUGGACCAAAAAGAACCGCUAAAAAUCCCAGGGUGCAACCCGGUUCGUCCUGAAGAUGUGAUCGAUCCCAUGCUGGACCGGAAUGUCAUGGACUAUCAAACCUAUCUAGGCAUGGCGAAUGGGAUCCCAAGAGGUGAUGGAAUACUGAUAAACACAUGGGAGGAGCUUCAACACAAAGACCUUCAAGCACUGAGAGAUGGAGAUUUAUUGGGUCGCAUCCUGAAGGUUCCCGUUUAUAGCAUCGGACCUAUAGUAAGGCAACACGUGUCAGAAACGAACCCAACUAGUGAGCUGCUGGUGCAGUGGCUUCAUAAACAACCGAGUGAGUCUGUGAUUUACGUGUCGUUUGGAAGUGGAGGAACGCUGUCGUAUGAGCAGAUGACCGAGUUGGCUUGGGGUUUGGAGUUGAGUCAACAAAGAUUUAUUUGGGUGGUGUGUCCCCCAUCCGGAGGACCUGCUGGCUCUACCUACCUUACCACCGCGUAUAGCGGCGGCGAUCAGCUGUCAAAUUACUUGCCGGAGGGGUUCAUGUCUAGAACAAACAAAGUGGGCAUGUUGGUCCCACAUUGGGCCCCACAAGUGGACAUAUUGAGGCAUCCCUCUGUAGGGGGCUUCUUGUCGCAUUGUGGGUGGAAUUCCACUUUAGAGAGCAUCACCAAUGGUGUGCCCAUGAUCGCUUGGCCGCUCUAUGCGGAGCAGAAAAUGAAUGCCACGUUGUUGGCAGAGGAGUUGGGCGUGGCGGUGAGGCCGAAGGUGUUGCCCUCAAAGAAGGUGGUGGACAGGGAAGAGAUAGCCACUAUGGUGAGGCAGAUUAUGGUGAUUAAGGGCAACCCCAUAAGGGAGAGAGUGAAGCAGGUCAAGCACAGUGCAAUGAAGGCUUUGUCGGAGGGUGGUUCAUCUUACGCUGCACUGUCUCAAUUACCUACUACAACGUGA